AUGGCUGGUUGCCAUUUAGAGGUCCCAAAAUAUCUCUAUCCUGCUCCCACCCUGUGCCAGCCAGCCUGACCAGCACUGAGACCAAGCCAGGAAGGUGGUUGUCUCCCUAUUCCAUUCCUACAUCUUUUAUUCAUGGCCAGAGGAAAGUUUCCCCUGCCCCUUGGCUCACAUUUGGUACAUAUCUUGUCCCCUGAAUAGACUGUAAGCACCUAGAGGGCAGGGAUAACUAUUUGAUAACUCCAUAUUUAUGGAAUAGUGUGUGUUGGUUGGCACCACUGCUAGGGGUAUGUGUACAUGUUUCAUGGCCCAAUAUCCCUGGAUCUGAGUCCUCUGCUUCCCAAUGCAACCAUGCCCCUCCCAGUCCCCAUAAGUCUGCGGGAAACUGGGAUACAGGGAAGGGUCAAAGCCUACAUUGGGGUCCUCUUAGGAAAGGGACCUGAGGAAGGGAGAGGGGCUCUGAAGAGCAAAACCACUUCCUGUGUAGCUAGUUCCUGUGUUGACAGAAAGAGCUGAAGGGGAGGAGGGGAGUGGAGAGAACAGAGCCUGGCCUUGGGGGGGUCUACUGAGCCUCUGGAGAUGAGGAGGCCAAGAGUCCUUCCCCACCAUGAACCUCCUCCACUACUGCAGCUGAAGGAGCUUUUCCCAGUCUCUGUGCUCCCCUGGGGCAAGAGCGGUCAAGCAAGCAGUUUGGGUGGGAAAAGAGAACUGGAGGAAGUUGAAAGGGAUGGGCGGGGCCAGUGGGGGGGCUGACCAGGAACCCAGCUUCCUGCUCAGUACCCAGGCAUCCAGCCCCUGGCUCACCCCCACCCCUUCCAGCCCCCACUCCCCUCAGGAACCUAGGGUUCCAGCCCUCCUCCCAAAUCCCAGCUAUCCCUCCCCCAUCAGUUUCUCUCCCCCCAGGGGAUGGAGGCCGAGAGACCCCAGGAGGAAGAGGAUGGUGAACAGCAUCAAGGCCCCCAUCAGGAUGAGCAGGACUGGCCCCCUGUGAAUACCACCACUAGGCCUUGGCGAUCUGCUCCUCCGUCCCCUCCUCCUCCAGGGACCCGCCACACAGCCCUGGGGCCCUGCUCCGCCUCCCUGCUCUCCCUACAGACUGAGCUCCUUCUGGAUUUGGUGGCUGAGGCCCAGUCCCGCCGCCUAGAGGAGCAAAGAGCCACCUUCCACAUCCCCCAGAACCCCCCAAGCAUAGCCCCAGCCCCACUUCGGCCUCUUGAGGAGAGAGAACAGCUCUACAGCACUAUCCUCAGUCACCAGAGCCAGCGGAUGGAAGCCCAGCGGUCAGAGCCUCCCCUACCCCCAGGGGGACAGGAGCUCCUGGAGUUGCUGCUGAGAGUUCAGGGUGGGGGGCGAAUGGAGGAGCAAAGGUCUCGGCCCCCCACACAUACCUGCUGAGACUUGAGCCCCUCCUCCCCACCAGGCACUCCGCACUCCUGGGGCUCAAAGCUGGGCAGCCCAUUGCAUGCCCUCUUCUCCUGCUUGGCAGGGGCGCCAGAGACUGAAGGACCUGGGAGAAAUCUCAAUAUUCAUCACCCUCAUCCACCUUUCUGGGGAAUAGCGGGGGUAAAAGUCCACAAACCCUGGGAAUAGUCAAGGUAGGAUGGUCAUUUGACUCCCUUCACCAGUGCAGGGCAGUUUGAAGAGGUGAGAGGAUCCUAGCCACUGAGGGACACCCCCUCCUCUGAUCCCAAGGAGUGGCCGGAAGUCUUGGUCCUGAGCUGUGGAGACACCCCAGUCAGACACCCAUAAGGCAGAAUCUGAGGGCUCAGGCCUCCAUCUCCCUAGAAAAGGCAAAUCUCCCAAGGUUAGGGCCUUGAGACACAUUAAGAAGGGAGACAGGGCAUUGCAAAAGAGACAGACCAUCCUCCCACCCUACCACCAGCACCCCCAGCCCCCAGGACUGAGGGGCCUACAGGCUGUGAACCGACACUUAGCACUGCCCACCCCGCCUCCCCACUGCUGCUCGAGUCUGAUGUUCUGGUUGUAAGAAUAAACGUAAUUAUCCUCUGGACUAAAGAAGACUGGUGUUGAGGGCUGUGGGGGAGGGGUCCGGGGGGGGCAGGAAGGUGAGGCCAGAGGCCGCCUCUCUCCCUAGCCUGGCGAGAGGCCAGCUCCCCUCCCUGGCUGGUUAAUUACCGGCUCAUUAAGCAGCGGCUGGAGACUUCCCUAAUUAUACCCCCCAGCCCCCCUUUCCUGGUUUUAAUUAAGUAUAACAGGGAGGGGAGUCAUUAGAACAAGAAAUAUGAACGGAACUGUCUGCGAACCCAGGCAUUCUAGCGGCCGGCGACCACGGCGCCUGGAGCCCCGCCUCGGAGCCCCGGCGGCGGCCCCCCAGCCCCGACCCGCGCCGCCCUCGCGCCGCCGACCUCCACCCGGGCCUCCGCUCCUCUCCCCCGGCUCUAGUCUCCUCCCCUCGUCCCCUCUUCCCUCUCCCCUCCUCCACUCGGCCCCAGCUCCUCGGUCUGCGAGUGUCUCUCUCCGCCCCCAGCUCCUCCCUGUUCCUCCUCUCUUCUCCCCUCCUCUUCCUCCCCGGCUCCCCUCCCCCAGCCUCCCUCCCUCGCUCCCCCCCUUCUCCCUCCUCCCUCCUCCCUCUCUCGCUCACACACACCCCCGCUUGGGCCUCCUCUCUCUCUCUCCGGCUCCAUUUUCUCCGCCGCCGGGGGCCGGGGUCUCCUGUGGGGGGCCCAGCCGGUACCCCAGGUCUCCCUUCGGGGUGGGGGUGAACCCCCGGGGGAGCCGGGAGGGGGG